CCUUUUUUUUUUUUUUUUUUUUUUUAUCGCGUCGCCUGUCUAUGGCGGAGCACCAAAAGAUAUAUCCACUCCACGACGUUCCUCUCCACGACGUUCCUCUCCACGACGUUCCUCUCCACGACGUCGAGGCACCGCCCAUGCCGGCUCCCACUGACCCCUUGGUGCCGCAUGGAACAGAAAAAUCCGACGCCGGACCGCCGCGUACUGCCGAGGCCACUGUUCUAUAUCCACCCUUUCGGCGGACGAUCCCGGUGAUGCACUCCAAGCCACCGAAGAAGAGACGAAGCUGUUGCUGCAGGUGCCUGUGUUGGACGAUUUCGAUUUUAGUUCUACUACUGGUUUUGAUCGGAAUCGUGGUCGGAAUCCUGUACCUGGUGUUCCGGCCGAAGCUUCCGGAGUAUUCGAUCGAUAAACUGCAAGUGACGCAGUUCACGCUGGGUGGAAACGACCGGUUGGACGCCAUUUUCAACCUGACGCUGACCACUACGAACCCUAACAAGAAAAUCGGAAUCUAUUACGAAGGAGGGAGCCACAUAAGCGCGUGGUACAUGGAAACGAAGCUGUGCGAAGGGGCUUUGCCGAAGUUUUACCAAGGCCAUCGGAAUAGGACGGUACUUAACGUACCGUUGGUGGGAGUGACGGAAAACGCCACCGCGCUUUUCACGACGCUGCAGCAGGAGCAGCAACAAACCGGCAGUAUUCCGUUGAAUCUGAAUGUGAGACAGCCGGUCAGGAUAAAGCUGGGUAGCUUGAAGCUGAUGAAGGUGAAGUUCUCGGCAACCUGCAGACUGUUGGUUGACAGUGUUUCAGCCAAUAACGACAUCGUCAUUAAAAACAGUAGCUGUAAGUUCAAGCUGAGACUAUAAAAUUAUUUAUUUAUUUAUUACUACUCGCAUUUUUCAGUUUUUCAUUCUUUUUAGUAUAUUCAUGUUUUCCUGUAUAUUAGAAUUUACUCGAAAUAAAUGGUGUUGGAGAGAGAUUUGGAUUUU